AUGCUCCGUCUCCUCCUUUUCGCCAGCCUGGCUCUGUGCAGCACCAUUCAAAAGGCUCCUGCUCUCUUCCACGACCCUCCUUACCGCAGCAUAUACUGCUAUCCCAACGAGCACAAAGUCCUCUCGGCUCCACUCAUCCAACGUCUCAACGAUCCUAGAAAUGACACGGUCCUCUCCCUCGACCCCUCGACUUGCGCGCGUGCCAUCUGUAUUGGAGGGGCUGCAGUGUGGGUGUGCAAUGAUAACAAAGACGCCGUCAUCGGAAUCACCAACAAGGAGAUCGCUGCGAGCGCAGAGAGGGUCGCUGCCGAAUGCUACGAGGAAUUUUUCGGACUGGUCUAUACCGGUGGGAGGGUGUUUACCAAUCCGGCCAAAGUUCGUGUUGUUGUUGCGAAGGAUUAUAUGUGUCUGGGGAGCUUGCCUGUGGAGUACUGA